GACGGAGCACAGAUAUGAAGUAGUAGUAGUCUUGAACGUCACUCGCCUGGUGUUUGUGUAACGUUUCAGAGUUUCGCAGCGUUGCUGACUCGGUUGUACACACAGGUUGUAACAUCGUGGAUCUGAGUUCAAGCAGUCUCAACAGAAAACAUCAGUGCAAUGCUUCUCAGAUGCUGCCACAACCUGACUCGACUUGGCUGCCUCAACACUCAAAGGCAUCAAGUUGCACCUGCCGUGGCAUUGUGUGCAGUUCGUCUCUGGAGCAGCAGUGAGGGUCAGAGAUCGUACCAGCGCGCCCACGGCCCCAGCUGGAGACAUGCUUUGGCAGGACUGCUGGCUGGUACAGGGGCUGUCCUGGCUUAUGGCCUCCACCACCACAAGGCUGAGCAGGCAGACGCCAUUAAAGUGCAGACCAUAGAGAAGACCUCAGGUCUUCCUGUCUUCACCCAGGAGGAGGUCACCAGUCACCGCUCUCUGGAAGAUGGCGUAUGGGUCACUUACAGAGGUGCCGUCUAUGACAUCACUGACUUUGUGGCUAUGCACCCUGGUGGGGAUAAAAUCUUGUUGGCGGCAGGUGGAGACCUCGAACCGUUUUGGGCGCUGUAUGCUGUACACAACCAGGAACAUGUGCUGGAAAUCCUCUCAGAAUAUAAGGUUGGCGUGCUGAGUGCUGAAGACCUGAAGAAGCAGCAGACUGUUAAAUCAUCUGACCCCUACUCUUCUGACCCGAAGCGUCACCCUGUCCUGCGCAUCAACAGCCAAAAGCCCUUUAAUGCCGAGCCGCCUCCUGAACUCCUCACCGACAGCUACAUCACCCCGUCUGCCAUCUUCUUCAAAAGAAACCACCUGCCAGUUCCUCAGGUGGACCCGGCUUCUUAUCGGCUGCACGUGGAGGGACUACCUGGAGGAGUGCUGACACUGUCUUUAGAAGAGUUGAAGACUCGAUUCCCCAAACACACCAUCACUGCCACGUUGCAGUGUGCCGGUAACCGGCGCUCUGAGAUGAAUCAGGUCAAGCAGGUGAAAGGACUGAACUGGGGCAUCGCUGCGAUCAGUAACGCCACGUGGAGCGGCGCAAGGCUCAGGGAUGUGCUGCUGGCUGCUGGUUAUGGGCCAGAUGUGGCCAAGUGGGCUUGUCAUGUUCAGUUUGAAGGAUUGGACAAAGACGUGACCGGGACUACCUACGGUUCUUCCAUCCCUCUAAACAAGGCAGUUAAUGAGGAAGGUGAUGUGCUGCUGGCUUAUGAAAUGAAUGGUGAGGAUCUCCCUGCCGACCACGGCUACCCUGUCCGCGUAUUGGUCCCAGGAACAGUGGGAGCACGCAAUGUCAAAUGGCUGGGGAAGAUCAUAGUGAGUGCGGAGGAGAGCAACAGCCACUGGCAGCAGAACGACUACAAGGGCUUCUCUCCUGGGACGGACUGGGACACAGUGGACUUCAAGUCUGCUCCGGCCAUCCAAGAGCUGCCCAUUCAGUCAGCGAUCACCACACCGGCGGACGGUGCUGUGGUCAAUCGUAGCGGUGAAGAGGUGACUGUGAAGGGUUACGCCUGGAGUGGCGGGGGCAGAGAGGUGGUACGUGUAGAUGUUUCGCUGGACGGAGGAAAGACGUGGCAGGUGGCCCAGCUGAGGAGCACCGAGAAGGAACAGGCACCCAAACCGUCGCCUCCACCGGGACGAGCCUGGGCCUGGAAGCUGUGGGAGCUAACGGCUCCUCUUCCUCCAGAGGCUCAGGAGCUGGAGAUAGUUUGCAAGGCCGUUGACAACAGUUACAACAUGCAGCCUGACACAGUUCCUCCCAUCUGGAACCUCAGGGGCGUGCUGAGUAACGCCUGGCACAGAGUGAAGGUGAACAUCCGAGAAGAUGAGAGCGAGGAAUAGACUUAGUGGUUUGAUCCACUUUCAGAAUCAAAAAGGUUCGCGGCUGAAACGGAGUCAUCAGAGAGUGGACAUUGUUUUAAACCUGCCACUCGGUGGCAAAAGUGAAUAGUUUCAUAAAGACGUAGCACAACAUUUUGAAGUAUAAGAACAAAUAUAGCAGCAUUUUUGUUAAAUGCACAGCCUUGAAGUAUUUAUGCAAACAUGUUGUCUGUGAGAUUUGAAAGAUUUUCAGCGCUACAUACCUAGAAAGCCUUCAAAGUUAAAGGCUGUAAAUAACCAAAUCAAAACAUGUCCAGUUUCACUUUGACUUUAGACUUGAACAUAUGAGUCAGUUAGUUAUUUGUCAGUUGUUCCCAUACAGAUACCAGUACUGGAAAUUCCUCCAGUUCUGCCUAAAAUGCAGUAUCCGGUAUCGGCGAUUACAUGCACCCAUCCGAUACCACAUCAUUUUCCCUGCCCUUCCCGGCAAUGUCCCCUUUCCCAUUUUUUCCCCAAGACAGUGAAGUCAUAACCUGCCCUACUCUGACUCUGACAAAGGGUUUAACCGGAGCCAGGCCAUACAACAAUGAUAGCAAUCACACAGGCUUAGUAGUAUACACUUGUUAAUAAAUAAUAAUAUAUAUAUAUAUAUAUACACCGUAUAUCUAUUUUUUAACGCACAUGUAUUGGAUCGGUACUCUGUGUCGGCCCAUACCAAAGUUCAGGUAUCACAAUCGGCAUCAGGAAGGAAGAAAUGGUAUCAAAACAUCUCUAAUUCUGUAGAGAAUUUAUUUUUAUAAUUAGUGUUGACGUUAUCAAUUCUGGAUAUGCACAGUAUAUGAAAAGGCUUGAAUAACUUAACCUGCAUCAUAAUUUAAAAUACUAAUUUAAAAUAAUAUUAUGAAAUCUAAUUGAAAUGUAGAGGAGUACGAAAUGAGGGCUACUAGAGUUGCAUGAAGUGUUCAGUUUAGAGAGAACAACUGAAGUUUACCAAGACUGGAAUCAACUUCCAAGUGUUGAAACAUUGGGAGCUUUUGUUCAUCUGCAGCUUUGGCUUUGCUGAUUGAUAACCUUUGUGUGGGAGAAAAUAAUAAGAUAACAUUUUGUGGGAGAAGUUUGAGCUUAAAGGAACAGGACCAGGAGCAGCUGUCAGUGUCUUAAAUCAUCAAUGCUUGUUUUUAGUCUGCAAAUCAGUGGUGAACUGUGACCCUUUAGUUUGUGGACGGGUCCCCCACUCUUUCAAAGUUGGUAAGAAGUACCACCUCACUGUGGAGAUAUGGCUUACGUUGGUUGAGUUUAUGCCACAACACUACAGCACAGUACAGAGGUCUUGAACACAGUUUUGACCCAAUGUGAGCGUCUCUGUGCUCCAGCUUAUAGGUGAGUGUGAGGAGGAUUUAGACAAAGAUGAUAAGAGUUGAGCGUUCCUCCUUACAAGGAGAGAGAGGAGUAGUAAAUCAUCUGCAUAAACCUUAAACCUUGAUCUUCCCUCUUUUGAACUUUUAGUUUGAACUGGAUUGACUGCACAGCUUCUCUGAGAGAAAUGCUGCUUCAGGAUCAUGGAAAUAUUCACUCAUAUUAAUGUUGUCAUAUUGACAGUUGAAUCUGUCCACGCUGUGAAUUCCUGUCAUGCAGCUCUGUGAUCAGUUCUUGGAUUACACUAUGUUUUGUGUAAAAUGUACAUUAUUGUUGGAAAUGAUGAAUAAAGAGAUCUAAUUUUACACCAA